AUGGCGGUUGGCAAGACCAACUCGGCCGCGGCGCCUGUGCACCUCUUCUCGCACGGCACGACGAUGAUGCUGGGUGAAGAGUCCGCUUCAGCGAACUACUGGAAGAAGUGUGGCGACGAAGCACUUGCGCGUGGAGUGAAGCAUAUCGUGAUGAUGGGCGCACACUGGUCGACGUCCGACCCAGGAGUCCUCAUCUCCGCAAACCCCAAGCCCGCCAAAUCGCCCGUCGCAUACGUCCACCCAUCCAAGUACCAGUCGUACGAGCUCAACCCGGACCUGGACUUCAUCCCCACGAUCCAGGCGCACCUCUCCGCAGCGGGGAUCCCCUCGCGGCCAGACCCGACCUUUGACUGGAUCCACGACACGUACCUCGUGCUCGUGCGCAUGUUCCCCGCCGGCUGCCCGCCCACCACCAUCGUCAGCACAAACAGCCUCUACGACCCGCACUUCCACGCCGCCGUCGGCGCCGCGCUGCGGCCCCUGCGCGCCGACUUCGCCGCCCACCGGACCCUCUUCGUCGGCUCCGGCGGCAGCGUCCACAACCUCUACCGCAACGUCUGGGGCCCCAUGGUCCGCCACCGCGACAACUUCGCCCAGCCCACGCCCCCGGGGCCCUGGGCCCUCGACUUCCGCCAGGAGGUCGUCGACGUCUUCUGCGCCGGCGCCUCCGCGCGCGUCCCCGCCGACGAGGCCGCCUUCGGGCGCGAGAUCCGCAGCGGAGGGAAGGGGGUGGGCGGGCCGCUGCUGCGGCGGAAGGCGACGAGCCUGAUGAAGCACCCGCGGUACCGCGAUGCGCACGCGACGGACGACCACUUCAUGGCGACGAUGUUUGUGGCGGGGCUGUGUGGUAACAAGGCGGACGAGGGGAUGGAGGGGGUCAUGGGUGCAGAGGACUGGGAGUUGACGAACAUGUGUAACUCACAAUUCACAAUAGGGAGUUGGGUGGAGUAA